AUGAUGCGUUCCAGUCUCCCUCUCUUUCAGAGACUAGGCCAUCGGGCCCCUCUCUCCACAAUUCCCGCCCUUGCGCGUUUUGCCGGCGCGCGACUCUUCUCAAGCUCUGGGCCAUCAAUGGACUAUUCACCAGCGCGGGGCUGGACCCCAAUGCCUCUUGUUACUGAGACUGUCGCUGGUGGCUGGCACACCUACGACAUUUUUUCCAAACUACUCAAAGAGCGCAUCAUCUGCCUUAACGGAGAAGUCAACGAAAUAGCAUCCGCAUCAAUCGUCGCUCAGCUCCUAUUCCUCGAAGCCGACAACCCCAAAAAGCCUAUCCAUCUCUAUAUCAAUUCGCCCGGCGGCUCCGUAACAGCUGGAUUGGCAAUCUAUGACACAAUGACAUACAUCGCUGCCCCCGUCAGCACCAUCUGCGUUGGACAAGCUGCGUCUAUGGGCUCUCUUCUCCUUGCUGGUGGCGCACCUGGCAAGCGCUUCUGUCUUCCUCAUUCGUCAAUUAUGGUUCAUCAACCCUCCGGUGGCUACCAUGGUCAAGCGACAGAUAUCGCUAUUCAUGCUAAGGAGAUCUUGCGUAUUCGGGCGCAGCUCAACCAGAUUUAUAAGCGCCAUCUUAAUGGUCCGAAGAAGCUUGAGCUUGAUGAUAUUGAGAAACUGAUGGAGCGAGACUAUUUUAUGGGUGCUGAAGAGGCUAAAGAGCUUGGAAUUAUUGAUGAGAUUUUAGAUCGUCGUGUCAAGCCGGAAGAGAAGUGA